AACAUCUGAUUAUCUCUUCAUUAUGUCUUCUGUUAAGGGGUGGGGAAGAUCUGGGGCAGAACAUCUCCAGAACUGCAGCUAUGAUGGGGCGUUACUGGUUUGCAGUGGUCAGUAUCAAUCAUAGUGGUCCAAAGGAGGAACAGAGGUGACGGGGUCACUGAUGCACAUGAGGAGCAAAGACUGGCCUGUGUUUGCUGAUCGAAAAGAAGAACUACCAUGGCUGAAAUUUGUGAAGAAGGAGUUCCUGUAACCGGUGGGUUGCCGGUUCAAAUCCCUGCUCUGUCUGUCUCAGUCGUUGUGUCCUUGGGCAAGACACUUCACCCGCCAUGCCUGUAGUGGAGGUGGUGGUCUAGUGGUUAGAGAGCAGGGCAUCUGCAUCCUGGGGAGGCCACAAGUAGCCUGGUUUGAAUCCCACAACCUGCCACUCUGGGUCCCUGAGCAAGACCCUUAAACCCUGAAUGUUCCCCGGGCGCCACACAAUGGCAGCACACUGGUCCCUAAGGGAUGGGUUAAAUGCAGGGGAUAAUUUCAUUAGAAUGUUUAAUUGCAAUGACAAAAUGAAGAUGAUUUUAUUAUAUUAUAUAAUAUAUAUAUACAUGAAUGGUGAAUAUCUGGGCCCAUUGCUUCCUCUGACUGCCGCCUGUUUAAGCGCUCUAAAUAUUCACAGGACAUUCCUUGGAAAAAGAUAUCCCUGCCUGCUGAACGUCUGUUCACCUGCGUGUGAGCGCAGGUAACUCAGUGUGUCAGCGUCUGUGACACACUGAGUUUUCAUCCAGCAUUUGUCAUGCUGGGGGGGGUAGGAGAUCACAUGGCACCAGGAGGCACUAUGGGAGGAAGGCAAGCCUGUUAAUGGUCUGUGAUGAUCUGGGCGAUGUUCUGAUGACCCAGCUGUUCAGCAGACCUUCAGGUGGAGUCCAUUUCUUGACAGGUGGCUGCAGUACAAAAUGGUCCGUUUGCAGCUGUCAGAAACCCGUGUUGCAGCCCGGCUCUUCUGAUACCAACCUGGGGUCAGAAACGUCCAACCAGCAGACCUGGAAUCACCAGACAGAGAAUAUGGAAACAGAAGCAAAAUGAAACCGGCACUAAGAGGAUUUAUGUUUUCCUGCAGACAUGGAGGUGACGGCAAAGGACCGACUGCAGGUGGAGGAGCAGGUGGAGCAGAUGCUAAGCGGCCUGGGGUCAGAGGUUAGUCUCUGUGAUUUGGGUCUGGAGCUGAGCAAGCCAGCGACUCUGAGGAAGAACGUCACCUACAUCGUCUGCGCCGUUGUUUUCAACGAUCAGGAGGAGGUGCUGAUGGUGCAGGAGGCCAAGCAUGACUGCUACAAGCAGUGGUACCUCCCUGCAGGUAGGGUGGAGGUAGGGGAGAGCCUGGAGGAGGCGCUAAGGAGGGAGGUGAGGGAGGAGGCAGGCUUUGACUGCCAGCCAAUCACGCUGCUGCUGAUCCAGGAGCAGGGACCGCAGUGGAUUCGCUUUAUCUUCCUGGCACGGACCACAGGAGGAAGCAUAAAGACUCUGAAGGCAGCAGAUCAGGAGUCCCUUCAGGCUUCCUGGUGGGACAGACAGUCCUCCAUGCCCCUCCGAGGACGAGACAUCCUCCGUCUCAUCGAAUACGGACUCAAGUACCACAGGAAUCCAUGGCAUCCCAUCACGCUUCCUCUGGACAUAAGCUGCCGUCACAUUGUGCAGAGGCUCCUCCUGGUGUUUGUUGGAGCCGAAAAGCAGAUCUGGAUCCUGUUGAUCCGAGCCCCGACCCCCCACCUCCCCACCGCCGCGGCCCUGAAGACCCACGCCAUGACCUGGGCUGCCAACAUGGUGGUUCAGGAGGCCCUGCCGUCGUCCUACUACGACUAUGAAGUCAAUACGCUGGGCGUGAUCAGCCUGCAGCACAACGGCCGCCAGCACGGGAAGACAGACGGCGUGUGCUUCAACACGGUGGUGGCGCUGGUGCCGGACCGGGCACCGCGGGACGAGGACGGGCUUGAAGUGAAGUGGCCGGUGCCAGUGACACCUCCGCCGGUGGAGAACCCUCGGUAUGUCUGGAUGGAGGUGCAGGAACCCGCGCUGCGAGAGAAACUGCUCCAAGAAACCCAAAACCCCUCCCUGUUACCGAUCCAUAGCCUGUACUGAUCCCAACACUGUACACGGGCUGGGCCUGCACACAGGAAGUCACUGUUAUAGGACUCUUAUUGUGAAAGGAACACUACAAGUUUCAGGUUUUAUUCUGAAACACAAAUGUUAUGUAAAGAAGAGGCCUCAGAUGACAGAUAUUCAGGGAGUGUGGGAGUGGUGGUCUAGUGGUUAGAAAGCAAGGCAGUUGUGUCCCAGAGAGGCCACAAGGAUCCUGGUUUGAAUCCCACAACCUGCCAGUCUGGGUCCCUGGGCAAGACCUUUAACCCCAGAAUGCUCCCCGGGUGCCGCACAAUCGCAGCCCACUGCUCCCUAAGGGAUGGGUUAAAUGAGGCUGAUAAUUUCAUUGGAAUGUACAACUGCAAUGACAAAAUAAAGAUUAUUCAAUUUAUUCAUUAGUUUAA